AUGUCAGACCGACCGCGCCUGAAGCAUGGCACCAAGCACAUCCAGAAGUAUCUGGUGAAAGCAUCGAUCGAGUCGACUGGACACUUGUCUUGGAUAAAGAAGUGUCGUACGGACCCAGACACUCCAACCGAUCAUAUGAAGAUCUCCGUCUUCUUGAGAUGCGGAGAGAUCAUCGCCAACGACCUUCCUCAAGUUGCCCUCAUCCCGAACAGCGUCCUCCACCAUCUCAGGGAUGUCAUAUUGUUGAGGGACACCGAGAUCGCACUCAGGGCACCGCUGGCUGAAUCCGAUCCGAAGAUCAAGGAGAACCGCAGCAGGCACUUUGCAUUCAAUGCUGUCCUUAAAGACGUUCUCCGCAUGUUGACACUUGGCGACGCGGUACCCGAAGCGCAGAAUAAUAGCGAGAUUUUCUCCGAAUUGGAUCCUGCAGUACACGAUCUAGACAUAAAAGAGGAUGAGAUCGACCAACAAGACAUUGAGACUUUUCUAGGCCACAAUGUCUUGCUCCUUGGGAUACAACAAGAUGCUCUCGACAUAUGGGAAAAAUGCCAUGCGAAUGAGUUGUCGCCCGCUGCUAGCGGAGUCAUCACUGGUUUCGCAUACCAGUUAAUUCGGGCAGAAGUAUCCAAAAUCGAAGUUACUGAGCAGGUUCCACUCGUCCGUUUUCCUGGCUGUCCUGAUACUGGUGUCAUUGGUCUUCUCUACCUUCUAUAUGAGAACUUCCACGGUCAGGCGUUGAGGAAGGGCGGCAACACAGUUCGACAAGCGUCAGCCCGAGAUAUUGCUAGGACUCUCUUCAUGCCAACGUUGGAGAGUUACCUCACUGUGUGGACUCUCAAAAACAACGCUAUGAGAAUAUACAUGUCAACGACAACUGACAUGCCUCCACUUCCGACACCUGAUCCAUCCACUAAACUGCGAACGGUUGAACAAAUCGAGGCCUCAAACAACAUUCAACGAUAUGAAUGGCAGGCGUCAGGUGGCUUGUGUUUGGUGAAAUUUUGUAAGACCAUGGGUAUCGUGGAACGCAUCGAAGGCAGACAAUGCUAUAGCGUAACGGAUGCGCUGACACGUUCCCUGCCCAAGACCUUGCAAACCGAUAAGCCUGAGUUUUGGGAGGUGGUGUCUCUCGAUUUACUGCUUCGAGUUAUACUGAAAUUGAACGAGAAUAACGAUUUCUUCCGCCAGGGUCAAGCGCUGCUUGACGUCGCCGACCACGUUGAAUUGCAGAAGAAACAGUGGUUUGCUGGGAAACUCUAUAUACCCCCGCAGCUAUGCGUUGCCACCGACAUCAUCGACACCGUCGUGAGGAAAGACUCCCUCACAGAGAUAGGCAAGAAGUAUGACCACAAACCUCCACCACAGCUGAUGUUCCACUAUAACCCUACAUUGAACGGAUUUACAAGUCAAGCUAUCUUGCUGGAGCUUGGCGAUGCUGUCGGUGUGGCUGAAGUAGGCGAGCCAGCAGCGUUAAGUGUAGCAAUAUUCUAUAAGGCAAUCACAUCUCUUGGAUACUUGAAGAAUUCUUGGGCCGAGAUGGACUUUCUGAUCUCAUUCUUUGGCUUGGAAGCAAUUCUUGGCCAGCACACUCUACCAACGAGCUAUCACGAUUUCUAUAAACAGGCAAGGCUGAUGCUAUUAUCGGGUAGAGCUAUAGAAUUUCUGCAGCCGACAAGCUUCGAGAAAUCCCUGCAAAGGUGGAUCUCUGACUGCUCGACCGACAACUUCAAGGAGAUGGUGAGCUUUCUCGUUGUGCAUCUGAGGAAAGAAAAGAGUGCUUGGAGUGUCGUGGCUACUAGACCUGAGACUAAAUCAGAAUUUGGGAUGACUUCUGACUCGAUGGCCAAGUUUAGACCAGCUAUAAAUUUGGAAGAAGCAGGUGCCACAAACACGGGAGACUUUCGAAUUCUUUUGCAGCCGAAUGCUCCACAAACAGAUUCGCAGUCAGAACGGGAUUCGCCGCCGAUCACACCGACUUCGAACCGGCCCACCCAUGCCUCUGAAAAACAGGACGAACAAGGGCAACAGGCUGAGAGAGAUCAGCAAACCGACGAGUCGCUCGGCCAUGACGAGUUUGGGCCUCGUGAGAUUCUUCAAGCAUUCGCGCAGCUGAUGCAAGCCCAAGAUGUGGUGGCACAUCUUGCUAAGGGUACGUUCUGGCUAGAAUGUACACAGCUUGCGUCUUACAUAAAGGAUGUGUACGUUAGCCUCACGGGAGAUCAGCCGUAUGUAAGUUCGACUAAGGACUUCAAGUACAUACCCCUGCUUCUUGAGUUUCUUCACCGAAAUGAUGAGAAGCGCGAAGAUGUGCUACGAAGCGGUGUGCUAGAGACAUUCAGUCAACACAUCAAGAAGAAUGGUGGAAAGCACCUCCAAAGAGUGAAGGACAUCAGCGGCGUGAAUAGGAAGGGAAACUUAUGA